AUGGAAUACAACUUAUCGGUCGAGGAUUUUCGAGAAUAUGAAUAUCCUAACAUGGUACAAGGGGCUUAUCUUGAUCAUGGAGGAGCUACCAUAUAUGCGCGAUCACUUAUAACCGGCUUCUCCCAAGCAAUGAUUGGUAACCUCUGGGGUAAUCCGCACUCAGAGAAUCUCCCGGCAAAGUUGUCGGGUGAUAUGAUUGAUAAUAUUCGUGCAAAAGCUCUUGAUUUCCUUGGUGCUGAUCCAAAGUAUUUCGACCUGGUCUUCGUCGCCAAUGCUACGGCUGCUAUCAAGCUCGUUGCUGACGCGUUUCGGGACAUCGGAGAGAAGACCCCUACCAAGGGUUUCUGGUAUGGAUGUCACAAAGAAGCCCACACGAGUAUUAUCGGGGUUCGCGCACUUACGUCUGGGGACUAUCAUUGUUUCGAAGAUGAUGAGAGUGUUGAAGAAUGGAUCUCGCGGCCUUUCAGCUGCCAGUCCCGGAGAGGAAAAUCGACCAGUCUGGGCUUGUUCGCAUAUCCAGGCCAGUCCAAUCUUAGUGGACGCCGGUUACCACAGGACUGGUCGAAAAGAAUACGGCAACACCCUCAACUUCGAAAUGUCUAUACCCUUUUCGAUGCUGCAGCUCUCGCUAUGACUAGCUCCCUCAGCUCCCUUUUCCACGAUCCGAUGGAUGCACCCGACUUCACUUGCCUUUCGUUUUACAAGAUAUUUGGCUUCCCUGAUUUGGGAGCCUUGGUUGUCAGGCGGGCAUCCGGACAUAUACUGAACCUGAGGAGAUACUUUGGCGGAGGAACAAUUGCUCAGUUAUCCCCCUCAAAAGACUCCCGGGUUAUGAAGAAAGUUCCCGGGCUGGGGGAUCUGCAUAAAAUAUGGGAUAUACAUGAAGGUGUCGAGGAUGGCACACUGCCAUUUCACAGUAUCUUGGCGCUUGGAGUCGCCAUCGAUACACACCUAAGGCUUUAUGGCUCAAUGGAUAUGAUAUCUCGUCAUUGCUGUUAUCUCGCUCGCUACUUAUAUGAACGUCUUGUGGAUCUGAAGCACCGAAACGGAUCUCCAUUGAUCGAGCUAUAUGUUGAUAGCCCAUUCAUGUAUGGCGACCCUUCACUUCAAGGGCCAACUUUUGCCUUCAACAUUAUGAAAGAGGAUGGUUCAUAUAUCCCCUGGACGGAGGUAGAGAGGCUUGCCAAUAGCGCUGGAGUAUACAUACGAGCAGGAGGCGUUUGCUGCCCUGGUGGUGUCGCUAAAGCCUUGGACUAUGAGGACUGGGAAUGGGACAGAAUCUUCUCAAGCGGACACGCCUGUGGAUCGAGUGAGAUGGCAGUCAUACAUAAUAAGCCAACAGGAAUCGUUCGCGCGAGUCUCGGUCCCAUGACGACGAAGCGAGAUAUACAGGCCUUCAUAUCAUUUCUUUCCAACGAGUUCAGCACAAAAAGCGCACCAAUACCACGAUUGCUUGGAACAGCAAAGGAUUUGCCGCUACGGGAGAAGUUCCCCUAUCUUACAUCCGAAAAGGAGUUUAGUGAGCGCGACCUUCUUUUUCAUCUCGUCCCUCAUGCAAUCGUCGCAACUAGAUUCUUUACACUUACCCCACGUCUUCGAUACCAGAAUACACCCUUUAUCGAUCUACGCAUUGCGCGCACAAGGCAUCUGCUCGCACUUUUCGCCUACGCCGCUAUUUCAGUACAAAAAAUGGCAAAGAAAAAAGGCAACCAGACUCCUGGUGGUGAGGGGCAGAAUGCGACCCUGGACAACGCUUCGCAAACGCAUCCACAAACCUCAAAUACUAUGGAUACAAACGGAGGGAGUCAAAAGAAGAAACCAAAGACGUCGAAAGAAGGUUCUUCUUCCUCGUCUUCGUCUUUCCAGACACUUAACAUUUGCCGGAACAAGCAUUGGCGAUACAUAUCCUCUUUCCACGGUCCUUGGCUCCAAAUGCCUAUCGAAAUCCUCGAAACAAUUGCCAACAUCAACUACAAUACCCCCCGGCCGUGUCCUAUUGACCCUGCCGUCCUCUAUGACCUACUGAAGAUUCGCCGUCUCGUCGACGAAGCCACCAAUCUCGCCGUGAGAGCUGCUAGUGACAUUGCCUCACCCGUGUUGACUAACGUGCAUGGUGGACUACCCGGCGCAUCUUCUAUGUCUGUGUUGGGAAUGACAGGGCCAGGACAUGGGACAAGAUUGAGCCGCGAGCGCAAGUUUCGGAUGAGGGAGCAGGCAAGCCAGAAGCUUAGCCGUGCAUACCAUCUAGAUGAAAUUGCUUGCAGCGUUGCAACAAUGCAGGGUGCUUCACCGAUUGAUGAGAUUGGGGCGCUGGUGCUGUUGCGUAACCCACAGGAUCAAGAUGCCAAAUAUGUACAUUUCUUUCAUGAGAAAAUACCCUCCCGCCAGUUGGCAGAGUCUACUAGUCUUCAGCCCUUGACAGACAUCAUAUCCGAGAGGCCCAACGAAGGCGAAGCUCUCCGAACGCGUGCAAUCGUCAAAACUUUCAAGGAGGAUUUCGAAGGUGCGGCUCAUGACUUGACAGUCGCUCUCACAGUGUGUCGAAUACAUCAGCAACCCCAUCGACUCAGUGGCAACGAACUCGAGUCCCAGUAUGCACAUCGAGGCAGACGAUGGCGUCAAGACAUCACCCCAUCUGAGAAAGAUCAACCGAGUAGUUUAGAAUCUCAGCUGUUAUUCCUUCGUGGCGCGGCGUAUCUAUCACUGGCAUGUCAGUAUGUCGAAGGUGGCAUCCCAACAAGUCAGAGCCAGAGUGGGCAUGCCGAUUCACACAGCCCAGACGAGGCCUUUGAUCCAGAAGUCAGUAGCCGCAAGUCGCCAGAGAUUGAAGAAAAGUCUCUCCGUGAACAGGCCGAAGCGCGGAAGCUUGUCAAGAAGUACGCAAAGUGGGCGCUUCGAGACCUCCUCACCUUUAUGUCACAUUUCGAGUACGCGCCCAAUUUACCAUCCUCCAUCGCAAAGGACUUUAAUGAUCGAGUUAAUUCCUCCGCAAAAGGCACCCGCCAUCCUCGCCCUUCUGAGGCCACAUACUCUCUCGAGCCACAUACCACUUACGCCAUUUCGGAACUCUUCGCCGCCGUCCCCCCUUCAGACCUCCCUCCAUAUCCUAACCAAGAGGUUAAAAACUCCAAUGGGAAAACACAGCCAUCCGAUAUGCCCCAGACAUGCGAAUGGUCGACGUACCACCCCCUUAUGGCCGACGCCCUUCACUCCCUCCUCCUUUGUCACUGCCUCACCCAAACUUCGGCCAAGGAGCUUCAACGCCACACCUACAUGGCGGCAAGACUGAUCCGUCUCGCCGAUGGCUAUCCGGUCUUCCAACCUAGUCGCUCUGCUGCUCGGUCUGACUGGGUUGAAAUUCUCCGCCGCGCCGACGAUAACUGGCUACAGCUCAGCGCCUCUUGGGAGACCUUAUGCAUACCUGCGCCCCUCCCGUUCUUAUACGAUACCCUCCCCCAGGAUGUCUCAAAGAUGCACAUCGGUGCUUCUCGUAAGGAAGCUGCUGCCGCCGCCGCAUCUCUAAUCAAUGGUGGAUCCGACAACGCUAGACCAGCCGUACUGAGUCCGGCAGACAAGCGUCGACAGCGCAAGCGGGAACACGACCAGCGAGUCUACGAAGCCCUCAAUGAUGAACGAGUCUGUGAUGAUGCCACCUUCCGUGCAUCCAUUGAGGCUAGAGAGAAGCGCGAUGAGAAAGAACGUGCUGCAACUGCCGCUGCUGCCAACGGCUCUUCAUCCAAUGCCACAUCUACUAACAAUUCAGGUCUCAAAGGAUGGUCUGACGACGAUAGCAAGGACUACCCCCUUUGCAGUGUGAGGGCUAGCCUUAUCGCACAGUGGGUGCAGAAAGCACCCAUCGUCACAGGUACCACGCGACGCAAGAAGCGUACCAAGAAGACUGUCAGCAGGGCAGCCUCACUAGCUGGCCUUCCAGAGAAGAGGAACCUUGAAGAUGGAAAAUAA